AUGAAAAUACCCAGCGAUGUUAUUUGUGGAGUGUGUAAAAAAGUCUUUUGUUGUGCCGAGUGCCGUUACAAACAUGAAAUAAAAACACAUGCCAUCAUUGUGGAGAAACCCAAGGUUAAAAAUCAAGUGGACGGAAACUUAGAGCCUACCAAUUUAGGGGAUCCUUUGAAAGAAAGCGAAACUAGCAAAAUAUUUCUCUUCUGCCCGCUUUGCGAACGUAAACCAAUGCCGCUGCAACGGGACAUGUACGCAGAGAUGUUGGCGCACGUUGAGCAACAUCAUCUGCCGCUGCGCUGCCGGAAUUGCACUAAGGUCUACAAUCGCAUUGAUGAAUUGCAAAAUUUCUCCAAAUGUACUCACACAACCGUCCCAAUAUGUUGUUAUCCUGAACAGGGUUGUUGCGAUCAGACCUGUGACACAGUGACCACCAUGCAGAAAGACUUAGCCAAAGUGACAAUUUCUACGCAGACUUCCCCACAGCGCCGUCAAAACGGCGAAUUCCACGAGACACCGAUGUCCAUAAUUAAUCUGCGUUGGAAAGCCAAGAGUAAGCUGAAACACGAGGAGUUUGUUAGUGACAGCAUUUCCUCCUUGAAGAAUAUAUCAUCAAUCAAUAGUAGCUCAAUGCGUCGGAGUUUGGAUGCCAUUGUCAGACCUAAGGGGCAACUAGUGCGCACAACCUCGACGCCAGUGCAUGCGGAACUGCUUUGCACCAAGCAUACUGAACGUACUUUUAAUGCCUCUGGUGGCCAGGUAUCGAGUAUUUAUCACACUGGCGCCGAGUCAGACAAUCACAGCCCAGCUCUGCCCGCAGUCGCUGCCGCAGUGACAAAUACUGCUGGCGCAUCACCAGCAAAGCCACAUUUGGAAAGCAUUAAUCGCUAUCUAAAAGUAGGCGGUCCACGUAGUAAGAUAAGCGCUGUAACGCCCUUGCGACAGGUGAUGUCAAAGAGCAUACAAAAGGCAUUCGCCGAACACGGAGUAUUGCCAUUGACACGGGCUGGUGAUGCCGAGGGGCCGCCUUUACAUAAAAAGAUAUUCGACUCACAGGCGACUGACAGCAGCAGCAUUGGUGUGAGCUCCCCUCUCGAUCUACGACUCUCGCCGGCUGUUCGCCGCACCCACAGCGAAGAGUGCAUGAGCCAGUUUCACUCGAGCACUGCCUCUGCGGCGCGAAAAUCCAGCUUGCACCAAAAUUUACAUCAUGAAGUACUGCGCUCUUCGCAGAAACUCACUACCACCGAGUCAAUUGUGAUCAGGCGCACCAAACACAUGACCAGUGUAGCUAGUGCUAGUGGCAUAAGCGAUGGACUCAGCUCGAAUGCGUCAAAGACUUCUGAUAAAUCUACAGCAUCUUCAUCGUCCGCUACUAGCAAUAGCAGUGGUAUAUCAAGCUCCAGCGGUAACUCCGUCUAUAAAACAUGUGAGAGUAUUGAAAUCAUUACUGCCACCACUGCUUUCAGCGAGAUCCAGCAGGACUAUUAUGCUGUCUCUGAUCAACUUGACAGUGCAAUGGAGAAAAUUGUGCCCACGAUGGAAAGUGUAGCGCAGGUGGUAAGCACUAAUUUGGCGCCAAUAACACCUAUAACGCGCAUACCAGGCGCACUCAUAAACAAGAAGCUCAUAAGAUUUGAUUCUCCUUGCGAAGAAGAUGAGGAUGCGGAAAAUUCGAAAGAAAUUGAAAACCAUUUAGACAAGGAAAAUCGCGUCGUGGUGUUACAGGCAGCGAAUACACCGCAGUUGUCCACCUUACCGCAUACGUCGCCAAAGCACAAUCAUAGAACAGCAGUUGCCGGCUCGAAGGCUAUGGCCAAAUUUCUGGAAACUCCGCACAGCACCAACUCUUCUGUCUCAGAUGUUUUCUUCACGCCGAAUGCUACACCUAUCCGAACGAGUAAAACAUGCGCGCCCACAGAAAAUGUACAGAAACCAGACGAUUUCAAUAAAGGUGCAACACUUCGUCCCCCUUCGUUUGGGAAAAGUGGAAGAUCUGCUGCUUUCGAUCAUACAGAAAACAUUAAUAACAAUGUCAUUGAAAAUGUCGAGACCCUGCCUGAAAUUACACCUAAACAUAUGAUGACCCAAAAAUCAACCUCCCCUCUCGCUCGCUCGUGGUCAUUUGGAGCUUUACUAGGUUCCGUCAUGCGUCUGAAUUCAAAAGGCAAGGCAGCUGCGACAGAGAAAAUCGAAACACCGCCCACUGAAGGGAUACAUUCUGAUUCGCUAAUUAAACGCUGCGCUUCCAUAGCGG